AUGCGGAGAGGAAUGAACCGCAUAGGGAAGAACAUGGCAGAUAGUUUAACCUGCUGGUUAAUGUUCAGAUUAGGUCUGCCACUUUCCUUAAUAGCAGCUAUCAGUUUCAGAUACAAUGGGAUGUCUGUCGUCUACCUUAUCUUCUUGCUGCUUUUGCCAUUGUGCCGCAGACCUAAUCCUCUCACAAUGAAAGGGUCCGGUGGGCAGCUGCUUAGAGCAGUCACCUAUACCAGUUUCACCUUCCUUGUGGUGCAAGUGGCUUCUCAGAUCGCUUUCAACUACCUGCUCCCCCAUGAUUUCUUAUGGAAGGACGUGCUCAACCAUUUUGGUUUUCUAAGGUUUAACGGUCUUGAUGCCGGGAACAUCAUACGACUUUUGGCUCCUGAUGGAGGACUGUUUCUCACUGGUCUCACAAUCACACGCCUUUGGGAAAGGAUAACGAAACUUCACAACCAGAAAAUCCAGCUUUAUUCUGAAAGCCAAGAUCGCUUCUCUGGUGAUGACGAAGAAGAAGCUGAGGAGGAAGAGGAGAUGGAAUCUGAAGCAGAAACUGAAGAUGGUACUGAGGAUGAAGAAACGGAUGGUUCUUUUGAGACAGACAGCCUGGGAAGGAGCCAAUCAGACAUCCUUCUGAAACUCACUUUGUUCCUGGAAGGAUUGAAGAUCCUUUGUGAAGGUGUAUGCAGGGCUGCUGACCAGGUCAUGGCUGUUCUUCUCUUAGGCAUAGCAGGUAUAAUCCUCCCUUCUGCAGCUUCUGCGGUUUAUUUCUUAAUCUUCCUGGGCUUGUGCUCCUGGUGGUCCUGCCAUCGUCGGAUCAGCCCAGAUGCCUUCCACAGUUUGUACGUUUCGAUUGCAAUUUUCAGCGCAGGGCACUUGUUCGUCCUUUAUCUGUACCAGCUGCCCUUCUUUCAGGAUCUUGUUCCUCCUGAAGAUAUUCAUGUCAGGGUCCUGGGCAUAGUGCCACUUGUUAAGACCAACCGGACAGCACUCUGGAAGCUUCAAGUUCAUCCUCAGCUAAACUGGCCAGUGGGCCUGAAUCCUUUCGCUCUUUUGGCGCUGUACUGCACGCUGGUCGCACUACUCCAGCAGGGGGCACUGCUUGAUAAGGAAAGCAAGGAAAAGGGCAUCCAGAUACAGGAUGAAACAUGCAGGGAAAGGAAGGUGGAAACGGAUCUUUGGUUGAUCAUGAAUGAAAAUGGCAAGGUUGUUUCUGCUUCCCGUGGAAGCUCCCAAGAUGUCCUCCUCUCACGAUGUCAGAGUCAAAGUAGCUGCUGUAUGGAUGCUUGCACCAACGAAGGACACACCAUUUCUUUAUCAGCCAUUGCUCCCAAUUUAAUGUCCCUUGCAGAGGAGACAACUUGCCCUGAAGAUACAACAGAAAUGGAUGAAGAGCAUUCUGCUGAUGGGAAAAGGUCAAGUACAUUUUUGGCAUUGCUGCCAUUUCUUAUGAAUCAUAGCUACAUCGGCCCAUUGAUUGCCGCACUGGUUUGGAGCAUCACUCACAACAGCUGGCUGACCUUCAUUCUGCUGAUUUGGUCUUGUAUCAUUUGGAUGGUGCGCAACCGUCGUUUCUAUGCUUUGCAGAGCUCACCAUUCCUUGUAGGCUAUGGGAAUGCCCUGGUGGUCCUUAAUUUCUUUGUCGGACUGAAUGUUUCACAGGAUGAAUUGUUUCCCGGAGUUCCAACUUCAUUACUUACUGACUUGGAUUUGAAGCCUUAUUCUCUGCCCUGUGUCCAUCUGGGAGUCAAAGAAUUCUCUGCAAGGCCUGAAUGCAAGACCUUAACAGUGAGUUGGCGGCCUAAACUACUCAGCAUUGGCUGUACGGACUGCCAGCCUUUCCUUGAGGCUGUGAUUUUAUAUCUCUUUACCUUCUGGCUUUUGCUGAAGCAGCAUAUGAUAGAAAGACAAAGGAGAAGCAAAGAAAAGGAGGAAUCACUCCGGGACGUGACUGUGGAUGAGGCUGAAAUGGACAAACACCGGAACCUGCUUUGGAAUAUCCUUGCUUCUGUGUAUAAAGGGAUGCUAGUAAAAUACUGGAUUUACUUCUGCUCCAUCAUGUUCUUUAUUGUCAGCUUCAGUGGCAAAGUGGUCCUGUACAAAAUCCUCUACACGGUGCUUUUUCUGCUCUGCGUGGCUUUGUACCAGGUUCAUUAUGAGAUGUGGCGACGAACUCUGAAGGUGUUUUGGCUCACUGUCGUUACUUAUUCAAUGGUGGUACUCAUUGCUAUCUAUACCUAUCAGUUUGAAAUGGUCUCUUCAUUCUAUCUAAACACCUUGAAAAUAUCUGAGGAGAGGUUAAAAGAUGUGGGCCUUGAGCGAUUCAACACUUUGGAGUUGUUUGCCAGGAUUCUGCUUCCGGGUGCCUUUCUUCUGGCUUGCAUCCUUCAGCUGCAUUACUUUCACAAUGAUUUCCUCAGGAUCACAGAUCUGACCAGUGUUUCAAUCAGACCAGUUUCUUCAUCUGGCAGGGUAAAAGAAACCAUCCUGGCCAUGAAGAAUAGGUUGGCUGCAAAACAGCUACAGGAUGGAUUGGACCCAUCUGACGACACUGUAAGAAAGGGCCAACAGGAGAAUCUGGCGGAAAAAAUGAGUGAAUGGCAAGAGCUGGUUGAUGGCUUGGCGCCUCGUCUCCUGGAGUUUCUGACCGUGGUUCGGACAACGCAGGCAUUUGCAUGGAGAUUUCUGGAGCUGCACAUUCUUAAGAUUAUAUCUGCUUGGAGUAUCUGGGUCACUGUUCAGGAGCACAGGUCCUAUUUGGAUUUGGCCAAAGCGCUUGUGUUCCGGUACCACUUCUGGUUUGCUCUUUACCUCACUUUUAUGACCGGGACCAAACAAAUCAAUGUCUUCUGCGUGGGAUAUCUCGCCGCCUGUUUCUAUUUCACGCUUUUUGGGAGAAACCUUCAGCUGAAGCCAGUCAAAGACAUGCUGAGACCAUGGGACCAUCUGAUUGCAUACACAACAUUGGUCAUUGUGAUGAAGAACCUUCUUGCUCGUAGAAUUUUUAUGAGCUACUAUUACCUCUACGUUGUAGUGGAUUUCAAGUCUUCCAAGAUCUUAGCCGCCAGAGGAACAGAGCUAUUUGAAGCGAAACUGAGAAAAAUGGUCGCUUUCAGGAUGCAAGAAGACAAGAACUCAAUGGAAGUCAUGAAGAGGAAGGUAGAACUGCUGAAACCAAAGCAGAAUGAUAUUAACGGAUCAGAAAAAGGAACAACAGAAGCUGCAAAACUGGAAGAUCCAGCCAAGGUUAAAAUGGAAUCUUGUGAAGAAAAUCUGGUGACUGGGGACAAUUUGAGCAAAAUAGAAAUUUUCUUUGUGGCAGAAAGCAUCAAGCAAAGGGUCAUCAACAUUGUCAAGUUCCUUUGGGUCUUCAGCCAAGCCUUGUCAGAUGACACCGAAGAAGCUCUGAAUUCCUUAUGUAAGGAUCACUUGGACAUUGCAAAUGUGCUGAGAAUAGAAAAGUGUAUGCUUUGGCGAGAGAUUGAGAAGGCCUCCGCAGACUCAGUUCUCUGGCAUGAUAACUGUGAGACAAGCCCACCAGGGUCCAGAGGAUGUAGCACUGAAACAACAGAGAUGAAUGGAAGCCUGCACAAGGAGAACAUGGAGCCACUGCUCAGGAGAUUUGGCAAAGCCAGCACAGUUGCAACAGGAAAGGAGGUGCUGGGCGACCAGAGCUCUGCAGGGAGGUCCGCUCAGCAGUUCCCAUGGGCCUCGUCCUGUGCAGAAGUAGCACAUUUCGGCAGCUCUCCAUUAGAAGCAGAGGAAUCUACAGAUUUCCUGUUCCCUAGAAGUAAAGAAGCAGACAGGCUGCUGAGCAACGGUUCUGUGAUGAUGACAGCCAGCGAACUGCUUCUGAACAGGACUUUUCAUGAUGAUGAGUUGGAGCAGUCAGACAGGUUUUAUGAAUGCCUUCCUCGCCCACUGAAGCUGGGGGUUGCUUUGUACAAUGUCAUGGUGUCUAAAUCUGAACUGCUGUGCUAUUUUGUGAUCAUUCUAAACCACACCCUCUCUGCUUCCAUCUCCACUUUGGUUCUCCCUAUUCUGAUCUUUCUGUGGGCCAUGCUGUCCAUUCCAAGGCCAACAAAAUUCUUCUGGAUGACAGCUAUAAUUUACACUGAGGUAACAUUUGUGAUCAAAUACUUUUCUCAGUUUGGAUUCUUUCCUUGGACCACAAAGUUAUAUUGUGCUCUCAAUGCAGAAAAGCCAUUUGCUUUGCCAAAUAUGGCUGGGAUUGAGAAGCAGGAUGUCUACAUGCAUUAUGAUCUAGUGCAGCUGUUGGCUUUAUUCUUCCAUCGGUAUAUCUUGAAGUGCUAUGGGCUUUGGGAUUCCAAGAAGAUCGAUGUACCAGACUCUGAAGAAAAGAGGAGGACAGGGAGACCAAAGAAGAAGAAAGCACACAGAGGCCAGCUGAAGGAAAGUCAACCUAGAUCAAGAGCACAGCAACCUUAUAGAUCACAAAAUCUCUCAAGGAACAUUGCCAAGAGCACUAAUGAAGUUUUUAUCCAUAGCACUCUUCUGAUUUACCGGCCCAUCAAGCAAUUCUUCUACGACAUUAUUCAUCCAGAAUGCAGCCCAGUCUGUGAUGUUUAUGCUCUCAUGUUCCUAGCUGAUGUGAUUAACUUUAUUAUUAUCAUCUUUGGCUACUGGGCUUUUGGCAAAUACUCCUCUGCUGCUGAGGACAUCACAGAAAUCCUCUCAGAAGACCAAGUGCCUGAUGCCUUCCUCGUGAUGCUCCUGGUGCAGUUUGGGACAAUGAUAGUGGACCGGGCAAUCUACCUGAGAAAAAACAUGUUUGGGAAGUGUGUUUUUCAGGUGGUGCUUGUCUUCAGCAUCCACUUCUGGAUGUUCUUCAUCUUGCCUCGAGUAACAGAAAGGAGAUUUAACAGGAAUGCGGUGGCUCGGCUCUGGUACCUGGUCAAGUGUGUUUAUUUUGGCUUGUCGGCGUAUCAGAUCAAAUGCGGUUACCCCAAACAGGUGUUGGGCAAUUUUCUGACCAAGAGUUACAACUGCAUAAAUCUCUUCUUAUUCGAAGGAUUUCGCAUGGUACCUUUCCUGAUGGAGCUGAGAGCUGUCAUGGAUUGGGUUUGGACUGACACUACCCUAAGCCUGUCCAACUGGAUCUGCGUGGAGGACAUUUAUGCUAAUGUUUUCAUCCUGAAAUGCUGGAGAGAAUCUGAGAAAAAAUACCCCCAGCCUCCUGGGCAGAAGAAGAAAAUGAUUGUGAAGUAUGGGAUGGGGGGUGCCAUCGUCUUUGUGCUCGUCUGCAUCGUGUGGUUCCCACUGCUGGUUAUGUCGCUAGCAACGUCGGUGGCAGGAGUAACCAACCAGCCUCUGGAUGUGUCUGUCAAAAUUACCAUCAGUGGUUACGAGUCCUUAUUUACCAUGAGUGCCCAGCAGCAAAACCUGGUGCCUUUCACUCAAGCAGCGUAUAACGACCUCACCAUUCAAUAUGCCCUUCAGCCUUCUGCCAUGCAAUUUAUUGUCAACUAUAUCCCCGAGGACAUUGUGGUUGCUAAAAUAAAAGGGAAUGCCAGUCUGCUGUGGACCAUCAGUCCCGCAAGUCGGAAAUCGAUGAUUGCUGAACUUUCCAACUCCUCUGCGAUCUACAUCAACUUCUACUGGACUCUUCUGAGGAAUGCCUCUCUUGUGAAAAAUAUCGAAGCGUCUGGCAUACACACGGUGCGGUAUGAAGAGAAGGAAAUACGGGAGCAAAUUGUGCAAAUGUUGUGUGGAACCAGGACUGAACCAGUCCUACUUCCAGGUGUCCUACCACGAUAUCUGAGAGCUACAAGAGGAGCAGAAGCUAAAAUGGCGCACAGACUGCAAGUUGCUCAUUCCAGGAAGCUGAAGGACAUAGACAAGAUGGCCUUCUUCAGGAAUAUAACCAUAGAAUUGCAGCAGCUGCCUACUGAGGGAUCUGUAAGACACGUUCCUGAGUGGUGGAUUGUUAAAGAGCACAAGCCGGGCUGUUUGGGUAAAAGAUGCAGCAAGAACAUGGAGAUCUUCAUCUUUAAUGAUAAGGUCAGCCCUUCCACCCUGGGAUUCAUUGCAUCACAAGGCAUUGUGGGCCUCUACAUGUCUUUUGUUCUUGUCAUCGGAAAGUUCAUCCGAGAGUUUUUCAAUGGAAUUUCACGUUCCAUCAUGUUUGAAGAGCUGCCUAACGUGGACCGAGUCUUGAAACUCUGCUUAAGCAUCUUCCUGGCGAGGGAGGCAGGGGAGCUGGAGCUGGAAGAACAGCUCUUUGCCAAACUCAUUUUCCUCUACCGAUCUCCUGAAACAAUGAUUGAAUGGACCAGGGUACCUAAACCAAAGGGGGGCAGGAGACCGCCACUAAUGCAACAUUCAGGAAAGGAAAAGUUGGGAGAGACUGUGGAGGUACAUGGGAAAGAGACUGCAAAUCAGAACUUGCAUGCACAACACCCUCACUCAGCGUGA